AUGAAUCAAGGAUGGGAAGUAAAUGAGGACCACUACUUGGAACAUUUGAUAUAAAAUCCUUUACAUUUUUAACGAAAAGUAUCACAAUAAUUAGAAAAACCUGCUAUUGUUGCAACUUAAGAAUCCCCUAAAACAAGGAUGAGAUUCAGAACAGCAUCUAUACCAAAAUUAGAAAAUAGUGGUAAACAAAAUUCUCCAAUAAAAAAAACAGUCAUAGAACCCUAAUAAAAAGGGGAAUAACAAAUAAAAUAUCAAGCAUCUCCAAAAAUUUUAAAAACUCCUAUAAGAUAAUAGAAAUUAUAAUUAUUUCCAUAGCGAAUAUCUUUAAGAUCCACUCUUUAUCAAAAAACUCCAAUGGAGGAAAGCAGCCCAAUAAAGUUGGGGAGAACUCUUUAACCAAAGCAAUUCAAUCCAAUUUUGUAGAAUGUCAAUGAAACACAUUAUAAUGGUUUAAAAGGAUAGACAAGGUCAGUUAAGAGUGCAUCAAUGAGCAACUUAUUGAACAAUGAGGAGCGUUUAUAAUACAAAAAGAGAAUUGAAGAUUUUGUUUUCAAAUUGAGACCAUAAAGAAAUGCUAGUAUUUUAUAUGUUAAUUCAUAAAAUUCUGUAUAAAGUAUUUCAGAUGAUACUCUACUAAGAAAAAUCUUAAAAUGA